AUGAUCUCCACAUGUGGCAUUGUCGUCUACUAUUGUGUGAUCCUAGCGUGGUGUCUAAGGUAUUUGUUCGCAACUGUUUCUACCCUCGGGUUCAGAGGAGGGCUCCCCUGGAACGCAGGAGCUGCCUCAAGCUUCUAUCAAGGGUCCAUCCUUGCCAAGAGAUUUCUCUGCUCCCCCCGCGCGCAUCUCGCCUCAUACAUUCGCCCCUGUGCUCCUGGAAACGUUUCUCUGCCGUUCUACACGUUCGAUCAAGUCAAAGAUGUAGAUUAUGCUACUGAUGGUUGUGGUGGUGGUGGUGGUGGCGGUGGUGGUGGUGGUGGUGGUGGUGGUGGUGGUGGUGGUGGUGCAGGGAGGAGGAGGGAGGGGGAGGAGGAGGAGGGCAACCUGCAGGCAGACAACGUGCUUGCGCUAUUUAUCAUCUGGGUAUUGAUUCUUCUCAUGUGUUGUCUCGGCACCAAGACCCUCAAGUUCUCAACCUACGUCACUGUUCCCCUCCCUUAUGUCAUGCUUGUCGCCCUCUUUAUCCGUGGAGUCACGCUGCCGGGUGCUGGGCUGGGAAUCAAAUAUUACCUGCAGCCUGACUUCUCAAAAUUGUUCUCCGACACCAUCGACCCGGUUUCAGGAGAAGUAACGUCAGCUGCCCAGGUUUGGUUGCAAGCAGCGACGCAGAUUUUCUUCUCUCUGUCUUUAGCUGAAGGAGCAAUGAUCACUUACGCAUCUUACAAUCCUCCUCACUACCCCAUCGUCUCCAACGUCCUCGCCGUCGCUCUCACCAACUGUUUCACCGAGUUGUUUGCGGGAUUUUGUGUUUUUUCAAUCUUGGGUUAUCUUGCCGAAGUCCGAGGAGCAAGAAUUGAGGAGGUUGUGGCGGCGGGUCCUGGUCUUGUCUUCGAAGUGAUACCAGAGGCUCUCUCCCUCAUGCCGUCUCCUACGAUCUUCACUUUGAUGUUCUUUCUUAUGCUCCUCAUGCUCGGACUAUCGAGCGCUGUUUCCCUUGUACAAGCUGGUAUCGCUAUCGUCAAAGACCACUUCCUCCUACAGGGCGACCGUCUCUCCCCCCGCUUACGCACCCUCCUUAACGUCACUUGGGCUCUUCCUUGUGUCGUCUGUCUCCUCCUCUUCCUGCUGGGCCUUGCGUUCUGCAGAAGUAGCGCAGAGGAUUGGGUGAACCUUAUCGACACUUUUGUCUCCAACUUCCUCAUGACGCUCAUCGGCGGCAUGGAGUUCGUGUCGGUCGCGUGGAUCUUCGGGCUCAGAGACUAUUCGACAUUGAUGAAGCACAGGAUUGAUUGGGAGGUGAAUCUUUACUUCAAGCUCGUCUGGAGAUUUUCCGGUCCUGCUGUUCUCGGCAUCAUGUUUGUUGCUGGAGUAGCAGGAGCCGUCAGGCAUCCUGUCACUGACGUCUGGUGGGCUCUCAUGAUCGGUUGGUCGAUCGGAGUUCUUCCCGUCAUCGUCUUUCUCGUCCACGCUCUGCUAACGCGCGACCAUGAGGGAAAGCGACUCGUCCUUCCCAGGCUAUCCGCUCUUCAGACGUUGACAUGUCGCUGGGUCAUCGACACGGAGUGA